UAUUCCCUGACGUCGUAACACGUAUCCGAUCAUCCUUUCCCACCUUCUAGUCCUUGGUGGCUACAUAGUCCCUUCCUUGCCGAUUUUGCGGAGAAUCUCCUCUACUCUUAAAAGUCCACUCAAUUUUCGGCAUAAAUAGCAACACUACAUCUAAGUCGGUCCUGUGGUCAGUGCUAAAGAGCGUGUCUAGAAACACAGAAGUCGCGGGAUCGAAUCCGGGUCGGGGCAGGCAAAUUUUCAGUUCCGCUUUAACCUAGCCUUCACCUCUCAACAGUGGGAGAAGUCGCCAAGAAAGGUUCCUCAAGUUUCUCACCUUCAUUUGUACAAAACAGUAUCCUCAAAUGUGUCUCUUAAUCGUUUCACAUUCCUAGUAUCAGCCCCGACAUCUCAGUUUUGUACUCUUUAACUUCCAGACAUAAGAACUGUAAAGUCAGUGCGUUUACAAAACGUGUGCAUCUCUCGCUGAAUCUUUUGUUCGGAAUUUCGUGUCAACGCUUUCAUCUAUACUUCCAGUCUUGAUCUAUGUUUUGUAAAGCUGUAUGUAUUUAAGUAUGGUACAACAUACCACAGAUUUAAAUUACCGUGCUUGCUCCUUGAUAUGAUCUUCAAUCACUAUUUUCCUUCGUACUGGCUCUUUACCUUUUGAUGUCGUGGUCUUUAUUUUACCAGCAAAAUAAAAAGUCCAUAUUGUUGUUUAUUUCUACUGGCCUGUCACAUUGACACAAGCGUAGAAACUGGAUUGAUUUUUUUUAUCUAAAAGACUAGCAACACUGAAAUGUUGAUGGACUGGUAUUUGUGAAAAUCCUUUCAAUUUUUCACGUUUCUGCGUUUUUAUCAGUUAAUUACACGAAUCCAAGCAUCAUCUAAAUAAAUAACUGGCCACCAGAAAUCCAGUGCUCACAUUCCCAUGAACCUGUAAUGUUCUCUGCCAUUAUUUUUCUUUUGUACCACAGUAGCCGCAAACUGCUGUUAAUGUUAUCACAAAAAUUAAUGUUUAACGCAUUUCUCCUCUCGAAUACUAUCUGUGGGCACAUGGUUUUUGUCUUCUAUGGAGUACACACACUCGAAACCCAUUCCGGUCAGUAUCCUGCCCCUCUUCCGUAAUUGACAUGUCAUCUCGACCUUUUAAGCUAAAGACUCGCAAGCGUGGCACUUGGUAUUCUCCUUUAACACUGUCACUCUCUCUCCACUCUCCUCCUCGCAGUCUUUAAAUUUAGUAACGUUAAUGUAAAGCUGCCGCGCCCAUUUGCAAAGUAUGAAGACGUUUUUUGCCGCCCCCUCCCACUCCGGUUCUACGUAAUUAUAGCGAACGUUGGACAGGACUUCGCAGGUAGUAGUGCCUAGUCACGAGAUGACGUUAGUUCUACCUGCGCCCGGCACCUCUGUCGGCAUUGUCGACCAGUAUGAAGCGUGAUCGUUUACUGCUCCUUCAGCCUUCAGUGUUGUGCUUACGUGCGGCGGUGAGUAAGCGUUCUAUAACAGAUGUUAAGACCCACACACAACCUUGCCCUCUCCCCAAGUCCUCUCUAGUUAGGCACUACGGAUUUUGUUGCACACAAAGUAAGUCUCAUUCUUUAAAAUGCUUUGUUUACGCGAAAAAUUUAGAUUGUUCGCUUAACUCUGGCGAUUCCAUAUCUAACUGGAAGACCUAAUCGAUAAAUAAGAGGAAGACGAGAGACGUGACCACCUUUGAGUUGAUGAUUCCAUUAAUUGGUGUAAUGCCCUGUAAGAGCAUGAGAGUUGCAGUUUUAACGCAAACAGUUCGUUUGUGUUGUAAAAGUACUACACGUACGUUAGACUUUAGCACUGUCCACCGACUUUCACAAAAAGGAAUACAUACGGCCUUGAAAAACCGGCAAAUAAGACUUCAGGUUCACGACUUGUGCAACCGCAGAUUAAUUGUGUUGAAUGAAAACGAAGCUAUAAUGCACCGAAACUGGUCUGCAAAAUGGAGAUAAUUUUUAAUGUUUUCCCUGUUCAAAUGAGAAUUGCACCAGUGUACCACCCACGAGAUUCGGUCUUCAAAGGUGGCACAUUAAGUCUGUUACCUCUGAAGAACACUACGUAGUUGCCUAGAGGACCUACUGCUGCAGAUUUUCCGAAGAAAGUGGAGUAUCUGCAGCCUGCCAGCGGUUUAUUUAGACGUGGAAUCACACGAAUGGCACUGAGAAUUCAUAAUGGCAAUAUGACAGUGUGCGAUGGCUUCACAUGUAUGAACACCAGAUGGUACGCUGUAGCUGUCUGUCUCUUUCUACUUCAUCAUUUAUGUACGUACUUCGCAAGCUAAUGUGCAGUACGUACCGAAGGGUAUUUCCUACCAGUAGGCUUAUUAUGUUUUAUCCUAUUCCGUUGAUUAACGAGCGAAGGACGAAUGACUAAAUUGCUUCUGUACCUGUCGUAAUCUGCGGUAUCUUAUUCUCAUAAUCCGUACACGAGAUAUGCGAUGGUGGCAGCAAACUUUGCACAGUUUUCCUGGAAAAUUUGUUAUCUGAAUGUAUCCAACAGGCUUUUCGCGAGUGCAGCGUCGUCUUUCCUCCAAAAAAUCCCAAUUAAGUUCCCCCAACCAUGUCUGUUACACUUUCGUAUGGACGUACCUACCAUCUCAGCAGCGCAUCUUUGAUUUCAUUCUGUAUCUGAAGUGAUGCCUACUUACGGACUUCAAAGGUAAUACUCCUGGAACUGGUGACACGCCCGUCUUGUAUGCUAUUUCUUUUACAGACGUGUUGUUCUUUCCCAGCACUUCCAUUCGCCUUCCAUACUACGGGAUCCCAUGUUCGUCUUAUUUCGUAGCUUUUCUCAUUUUACGUUGAAAUAUUUAGACGGCGUGACGUGCUGCAGAUGCUCCCCACGAUUGCCGUAAUCAGAUCUUAGAGAGAGCUGCUACAUAUGGAAGUUUGAAUUUGUCCUGGAAGCGUGCUCACGUGGCCAAAGUGGUCAAAGUGACCGCUCGCUAUAAGCGGGAAAUCAGCGCUCAAAUCGCGGCACGCCACAAACUCAUGUAUCUCGAACAGCCAACGUCCGUAUAGAUUCGCAAAUUUCAAAUUCAUUUGGUAAUAAUUAUCACAGCUGUAAUUUUCAGUGACACUGUCACUUCGUUUCGACUUACAUGAAUGUCCGAAGAACAUUGUAUUUCUACAGUGUCUGUAUCUUCAAAUACAAACAUUAAAACCAUCGAUGAUGAGCAAUCUUAGUCUGCUGCUGACCCUAUUGGCAGGUAUUGAGAACAUUCAGAGGUUCUGUUACGCCUCCCUGGGGGCGACCAAUAUUGCGAACGUUACAUUCUGUCGUUACCCUUCCAUUGUAACGUACUGGAUUCUUUUAGUCAUAAAUUCAUCGAGCCAAUCGCUUAUCAGAGAAACUAAUCCAUACGAUCGUACCUUGUUUAUUAUUCGAAUGUUGCACAGUGUAGAACACCUUUCUGGCAUCCAGAAAGGCGGAAUCUACUGCUUGAACGAUAUCGCAAGUAAAGUGUAGAAAGACAUGGAUAGAAUAUGAAUUGUGUGGAAUAAAUUGCAGCUCUCUUUGACCGCACGAUUAACUGUGAACAUCUAGCGCACGUCUUGUGGUCUAAGUAUAUAGGGGCAAUAUUGAAAUGGGACGAUCACGUAAAACCAAUGUCAGGGAGGGCGAAUAGAAGACUUGGAUUCGUUUGAAGGGUUCUGAGAAAGAGCCGUGAAUCUUUAAACAAAACUUGACGUAAGACGCUAAAAACUAAACUCCGCACGAACAGGCCUUGGUAGGCCCACUGGUACCGUCCGGCCGGCGUGUCGUCCUCAGCCCACAGGCGUCACGGGUGCGGAUAUGGAGGGGCAUGUGAUCAGCAGACCGCUCUCCCGGCCGUAUGUCAGUAUACGAGACCGGAGCCGCUACUUCUCAAUCAAGUACCUCAGCUUGCCUCACAAGGGCUGAGUGCACCCCGCUUGCCAACAGCACUCGGCAAGCCGUUAAGUCACCCAUCAAAGUGCUAGCCCAGCCCGACAGCGCUUAACUUGGGUGAUCUGACGGGGACCGAUGUUACCACGGCGGCAAGGCCGCUGGCGGAUGUAAAUUCUAAAGUGUCCCUAUCAAGUAGGCAUGAUUGCAAAUGUCGAAAGAGUUGAGACACACGCUGCUAAUAUCGAUGUAGCCCAUACGGAAGUAUACCAAAGAUCUUCGGGGACCUGAAAUAAAAUCGCUUGGAAGAAAUAGGAGGCCCUGUUGGAUAAAUUUAGGUAACCAGUACUGAGCUGACAAGUCAUGGGAUGCUUCCCAUUAUCGUGUCGGAACUCAUUUUGCCCGGCGUAGUGCAGCAACUUUUGUAUGGGAUGGACUCCAGUCUUUGGAAGCCCCUGCAGAAACACUUAGACACGUUGCGUGUAUAGCCGUCCAUAAUUGCGAAAGUGUUGCCGUUGCAGGAUUUUGUACACGAACUGACCUCUCUAUUAUGUCCCACAAAUGUUCUAUGGGAUUCAAGGCGGGUGAUCUGGGUGGCCAAAUCAUUCACUCAGUUGUCCAAAAUUUUCUUUGAACCUAUCGCGAACAAGUGUGGCUCUGUGACACAGUGUAUUGUGAUUCAGAAACACUCCAUAGUUGUGUGAGAACAUGACGUACUGAAUGGCUGCAGUUGUUAUCCAAGUAGCUAAUAUAACCGUUUCCAGUCAAUGAUUGGUCCAGUUAGACCAGAGAACCCAUUGCAUUACAGGUAAACACAGCCCACAUCGCUGUGGAGCCACCACCAGCUUACACAAUGGCUUGUUGACAAACUGUGUCCAUGGCUUCGCGGGACCUGCGCUACACUCUACCCGUACCAUCAGGUCUUACUAACUGAAAUUACUCAUCUUACCAGGCCACAGUUUUCUAGUUGUCUAGUGUAUAGCCAAUAUUGUCACGAGCCCAGGAGAGGCGCUGCAGGUGAAGCCGUGCUGUUAGCAGAAGGCUGUCUGUCGUCUGCUGCCACAGGCCAUUAACUCGAAGUUUCGCCGCACUGUCCAAACAGAUACGUUCGUCGUAGUCCGACAUCGAUUUCUGCGGUUAUUUCACGCAGUGUUGCCUAUCUAAUAGCACCGACAACUACGCAAACACUGCUCUUCUAGGUCGUUAAGUGAAGGCUGUUGGCCUCUGUGUUGUCCGUUUUCCGAGGUAAUGCCUGAAAUUUUUAUAUCCUCGUCACACUCUUGACGUUGUGGAUUUCGGAAUAUUCAAUUCCCUACGAUUUCUGAAAUUGAAUCCCCAUGCAUCUAGCGCCAGAUACCAUUCCGCGUUCAAAGUGUGUUAAUUCCCGUCGUAAGGCCAUAAUCACGCCGGAAACCUCUCCACAAGAAUAAUCUGAGUGCAGAUGACAGCUUCGCCAUUGCACCGCCCUUUUAUAUCCUGUAUACGCGAUAUAUCGGCAUCUGUAUAUGUGGAUGUCGCUGUCCCACGACUUUUGUCAUCGUAAGUGUCUAUACGAUGAAGACUGUAGAGUCAUUAAGCUCCCAGCAUCGUGUAUCGCGCUUGGGGUCAUGAGAAUAAGAGAAAUAAGGACACAGACAGGCAUUUUCCCCUCGCUGAACACGCGAAUAGGAAUAGAAGAUCAAUAAUAUUAGUACGGUGUACCCUCCGCCGUAGAUGGUGGCUUGCCGAGUAUGUCUGUAGAAGUAGCACUGAAGUUCGCUUUGCCGGGUACUAUUUACCCUUUAACGGGCCCCUGCGAGCUCCUCGUAAGAAGGCGUUAUCUGGCGCCUUAUCGCGGUGUGGCUGCGGCCGCUUUCGGGCGCGGCUCGCCAGUGCGAGAUAGACCGCCGCGGCGCGACUGCCUGGACGCUGCGCGACGUAGGCCGCUUCCCCUCGCCCAGAGUCCAGUCACCUCUGGUCAGCGCAGCCCGGCCCGGCUGACCGCGGUGCGGCGUCUUGCGCAGCCAUGACGGUGACACCUGCCGCCCCGGACGGCGGGCCCUCGGCGUCGGCCAAGCUGCUGCUGAGCGAGCGCAACGGCAGGAAGGCGGCGACGCUGCCCCCCGGGGGCGCCUCGCCGCUGCCCGCCGCCACCGCAGACGCCAAGGCGGCCACGCUGCAGCCCGCCGCCGCCAAGAAGAGCAAGAAGGGGUCCCUCGCCAAGGCCGCCUCCUUCUCGGAGGCGGACGCCGACGCCGACAAGAAGGUCGUCAAGCGCGGCAAAACAUUUUGUCACAACUGUAAGAAGAAGUGUUCUGGAGAAGUUCUCAGAGUCCAGGAUAAAUAUUUUCACAUUUCCUGUUUCAAAUGCAUUGUUUGUGAGAACUCACUGGCCCAAGGUGGUUUUUUCUGCAAAGAUGGAGGUUACUACUGCACAAAUGAUUACCAGCGUCAGUUUGGUACUAAAUGUGCAACCUGUGGCAAAUAUGUUGAGGGUGAAGUGGUAUCUGCCCUUGGAAAUACCUAUCAUCAAAAAUGUUUCACAUGUGCUCGUUGCAGGCAACCAUUCCCUUCUGGAGAACGAGUAACAUACACAGGGAAAGAAGUUCUUUGUCAGAAGUGCGUGCAAAUUCCUGUCAGAGAGACACAGUCUCCUCAGGCCAGUCCUUCUAGUGGCACAGGACCAGAAUGUGCUGGAUGUCAGGAGGAGCUGAAGGAAGGUCAAGCGCUAAUUGCUCUGGAACGUCAGUGGCAUAUAUGGUGCUUCAAAUGCCGUACUUGUGAUGCUGUUCUUCAUGGGGAAUACAUGGGGAAAGAUGGUGUUCCGUACUGUGAGAAAGAUUAUCAAAAGCAGUUUGGUGUUAAAUGUGCGUACUGCAGCAGAUACAUUUCAGGGAAAGUGCUGCAGGCUGGUGAUAACCAUCACUUCCAUCCAACAUGUGCUCGCUGCACAAAAUGUGGUGAUCCAUUUGGAGAUGGAGAAGAAAUGUAUUUGCAAGGUACUGCAAUAUGGCAUCCUCGCUGCGGACCAGGGCCAACUGAAAAUGGGGGUGCAGUCUUAAAUGGUGCAUUGGAAAAUGGCCAUUGCACUGACGGAGAAUCGGGGAAAGAAGGAGGACGUGAAUUUGAUCACAUGAGCAGCUCAGCUGUCAGUGAGAUGCAGUUUUCGCUGCGUUCCCGCACGCCUAGCCUUAAUGGCUCAUUAUAUAGCCCUUAUAAUAGCUUAUCAAGGAAGUAUUCAGGGGGUUACCACAGGACAGGAAGCCCAGGUCUUAUUCUGAGAGAAUACAAAAGUAACCAGUAUGAUGACAUAAGCAGGAUUUAUACCUACAGCUACCUGACGGAAGAACCCUCUCUGGGAUACCUUAGACGACCCAUUGAUCCAUAUGACAAACCGCCAACUUCACCACAUUUUCAUCGUCCAUCUUCUGCUCACUCCAGAAGUAGUGGGAAGUUCACAUUGUCAAAAGCUAGCUCUAAAUCUGGUAUGAAGGUGCUUGUAGAUUCUAUUCGGUCAGAAACUCCUAGGCCAAAAUCUCCCCACAUGAACAAUGAGGAACCAAUUGAACUGGCACAUUAUCCAGCAGCAAAGCCACCACCACCAGGUGAAAAGCCCAAAAUAGAACGAGAUGACUUCCCAGCACCACCAUAUCCUUACACAGAUCCAGAACGAAGACGACGAUGGUCAGACACAUAUAAAGGUGUACCUGUAUCUGAUGAAGAAGAUGAAGUUGAUGGAAAAGAAAAGGAUGAUGGUGAGAAGAAACCUGAAGACCCUAAAUUGAAGAAAGAAGAACAGGAGUUGAGUAAAAUAGCAACUGGCAUUGGAAAAGUGUUCCUGCAGAAUGUAAGAGAACGUGAAAAACUGAGGCAAUGGAAGAUGGCUCAUUUGGAUCCUCGCAAUGCGUCGAGAACGCCGUCUGCUGCUCGAGAACCAACGUAUCGAUUAAGAUAUGAAUCACCAGUUAAUGCAUCUCCAUCAAGAAAUGUGGACCAUCCUAGACCAUGGGAAGAAGACGAAUAUAUGGACCGCAGUUCCAGCUAUCGGUCAUCUGUGGGGAGAUCAGUAGGCACUAUUCCCAGUUACAAUGUUGUAAGUGCCCUGCGCCACGUGCCGAAGCCUGGCUACGGUCUUGCACCUCGGUCUCACACCUUCAGCAGCACAGGUGGCAGUGCGUCCAACAUUGGAGGUGAUUUUUCUUUUAGUGGGCUUGGUGAAAAAACACACAGCACAGAAUUUAGUAGUGGAAAAUCUGAUAAAUGCUGACCUUCCUGUUUCUACAACCUUCGCUGGGGGUCUUCGAUAUGCAGCUUCGUACAGUCCACACCUUCGUCGCUCAUUACCAAAUAUGG